AUGACGUUUGCCAUCCUGCCAGCUUUUGCUUCUACGCUUUCAUUGUUAUCAGUUGACAGAAGAUCCGUUCUUGGAACAGCUACGACUGCAGCACUGUGGAUAUCUUCAUGCUCAAAGGGAGUCGCAGCACCGAGCAUUCAGAGCAAAAUAAGUGAGAGUAUUUUGACAUUGCCGCCACCAUCAUAUUCAACAGAAUUCAAAGGUAACGACAUCACAUUAUUCCCGUCUUUUCUUGAAGGGGAGUGGCAGACGAUCCAAACGCUAGUUUCCACGACGACUCCACUGGGACUAAAGUAUCUCGGAGGACCAAAUGGGGACCUUUCUAUUGCAGAAAAGACAAUGGAACAAUCCAAAUCGCAAAUAGACAAACCAGUGAAGCUGAAGCUUAGGUACCUUCCCACCAGAUGGGGAGUCGCAGAAGAUCGCCUGUUCAACACAAGACAGCGUCUUAAUGCUUUUGCUGGUAAAGACGUUGUUGCAUCUGUCCAAUAUGCAGACGUAGGAGGAUCGAAUCGGAAGUCCGUCCUGCUGCUUGGAGGGACCGAGGAAGACCCAUUGCAGACAACUAUGGUAUACUUCAAAGGACCCGCGGCCCAGAAAAGCUUUGUGGUCGCCCAUGGCAACGAGUCACUUGGUGACCGAAAAUGGGUUGUGUACGAGUUACAACGGUCAAUCUUUGCUUUGACAAACCAGAACACAGCCCCACCUGUAACAACCGAUACGGAAUACAUAUGGAAGUUUGAAGUGAUCGACGAUAGCCAUGUUGAAGGUACCCUUCGAAUCGCAGCGUACUUGAAUGCACAAAAUGACAAACUCUACUUUGAAGCUCGGAAUCGUGCUGUAUCACUACAGGAUUACUCAUUGAAAAUGGAAAGACUGAGUUGA